AUGAACCCUAAUUAUGUAGGGUAUUCUGACAAUACAGAAGUACAGAAACCGGCCAACAUGCUCUUUUUUAACUCCGCCGCCACCGCCACCGCCACGGGACACGAGGUUAACACCGCGCAGAUAUCUCACGCACCACUCUCUCAGUCUCAGCACUUUGUUGGGGUCCCACUUUCGGCAGCAGUUGGGUCGCCAAAUUCGCACUAUCACGAUCAUCCGUCAGUUCUUGGCCAGCGAGAAAUUCAAGCCUCCCACGGUGCAAUCCCUAGUGUCCACUAUAAUCUAUGGAAGUCAGUUGACCAAGCCGGCGGUGUAAAUCUACAGAACAUAUCUUCUGUGGUGGCUGCAACAAAUUCAAGUGACUCAAGACCGGCGGUGUCACCGACACAACAAGGGUUGUCUUUGACCCUUUCACCCCAACAGAGAGGCUACAGGUCUCUUCCUACAAAUAAUGAUGUCACUGUAUCACAAAAACUUGGGUCAUCCACAUCACUCUCCGCUGUGUCUGAUGGAGUCAAUAAUCUGCAAAGUGUAAUUUUGGGAUCCAAAUAUCUUAAGGCUGCUCAGCAGCUUCUUGAUGAGCUUGUAGUCCUCGGAAAAGGCACAAAAAACGAUGGAGGGGUGGCCGGAGAGGCUGCAGAGAAACGGAAGAUAAUCAGAGAGUCAACCGGCGUGAAUGCUGAGGCCUUUGGUACCAAGGGUUGUGAGACUGAACUUACAACUGCUCAAAGACAGGAGAUUCAGAUGAAGAAAGCUAAACUUAUUAACAUGUUAGAUGAGGUUGAGCUGAGAUACAGACAGUACCAUCAACAAAUGCAAAUUGUUGUGGCAUCAUUUGAGAUGGCAGCAGGAUUCGGCUCAGCUAAAUCAUACACUCAACUUGCUUUAAAGACAAUAUCGAAGCAAUUCCGGUGCCUGAGAGAUGCAAUAUCUGCACAACUGAAUGCAAUAAGCAAGAGCUUAGGAGACGUAGAAAAUUCAGGCGAAAAGUUCCAAGGCUCGAGACUUAAGUUUGUAGACCAUCAAUUCCGGCAACAAAGGUCAUUGCAACAGCUGGGAAUGAUGCAAAACAGUGCAUGGAGACCUCAAAGAGGUUUGCCUGAAAGAGCCGUUUCAGUUCUUCGUGCUUGGCUCUUCGAGAACUUCCUUCAUCCUUACCCUAAGGAUUCAGAUAAACACAGUCUGGCCAAGCAAACAGGGCUUAGUAGGAGUCAGGUGUCUAACUGGUUCAUAAAUGCUCGUGUUCGGCUAUGGAAACCUAUGGUUGAGGAGAUGUACUUGGAAGAAAUGAAGAAUCCAGAAUCAAACAUUUCCAAUGAAAACACAAGCAAAAGUGAAGCUGCUGUGAGAGAAUUGGUCACAAAAUCCACAGCUCUUGAGGAGAAUAACAAUGGAAAUAUCCAGGAAAUACUCGGAAAGAAUUCAAAAAAACCAAGAAAUGUUGAGCAUAAUUCUCCAAGCAAUUCAAUUCCAAUGCAAAUGGAAGCAAAGGCUGCAGAUCAGACAAGCGUAGGGUUGUCAGGAGACAACUAUUUAACGUUAAUGGCUGCUAAUACAAGUCAUAGUAACAGAUUCAACACUUAUGCAAUAGAAGAUCUCGGAAGGUUUAACGGACCAGAGCAACUGGGAACAAGAUUCCAUGGAAACAAUGUUUUUCUCACACUUGGACUGCCACCUUCUGAAAACAUUAAAUUGGGAACAAGAACUGAAACUGCAGGAACAGUGGAAAAUAACUACAAUAGGGUAAACAACCUUCAAGAAUCCCAUUCAAACAUUGGCUAUCGUGAUCAGAUUGUUGAUUUCCAGAAUAGGAAGCCAUAUUCGGCUCAGAUCUUAUCAGAUUUCGUGGCUGAAGCAUUCACCUCGACAUGA